AUGGCUAUCCAAGAAGCUUUGUUAGACAAGCCAAGAAAAUCGAUUCCAAAAACAUUUUGGUUAAUCCUCUCUUUAGCUGCUAUCAUAAGCUCAUCAGCCCUUAUUGCUACUCAUCUCAAGAAACCAACCUCCUUCUUCCACUUCUCUUCUGCUCCAAAUCUGUGUCAGCAUGCUCUUGAUACAGAAGCAUGCUUAACUCAUGUAUCUGAAGUUGUUCAAGGCCCAACCUUGGCUAGCACAAAAGACCACAAAUUGAGUACACUCAUAUCCUUAUUAACCAAGUCCACCACACACAUUCAAGAAGUCAUGAACAGAGCCAAUGUUAUAAAACGCCGAGUUAACGGUCCUAGAGAGGAGACAGCUUUGAAUGACUGUGAGCAACUAAUGGACUUGUCCAUGGAUAGAGUUUGGGACUCAGUGUUGACUUUAACAAAAAAUAACGUUGAAUCACAGCAAGAUGCACACACAUGGCUAAGUAGUGUACUCACUAACCAUGAAACUUGUUUGGAUGGUUUAGAAGGUGCGUCUAGGGCCGUGAUGGAAAAUGAUCUUGAGGACUUGAUAUCCAGAGCUAGAUCUUCUCUUGCUGUGCUUGUUUCUGUCUUACCUAAACCGGAUCACAAGGAAUUCAUUGAUGAAUCAUUGAAUGGGGAAUUUCCCUCGUGGGUUUCAAACAAGGAUAGGAGGCUUUUGGAGUCUAGAAUUGGGGACAUUCAGGCCAAUGUUGUGGUGGCUAAAGAUGGGAGCGGUAAGUUCAAGACUGUGGCUGAGGCUGUGGCAACUGCACUAGACAACGGUAAGACAAGGUAUGUUAUCUAUGUGAAAAGGGGAACCUACAAAGAGAAGGUAGAAAUCGGUAAGAAAAAGACGAAUGUUAUGCUUGUCGGUGAUGGUAUGGAUGCAACAAUAAUCACAGGCAGCUUGAAUUUUAUCAAUGGAACAGCCACUUUCAAUAGUGCAACUGUUGCUGCUGUUGGGGAUGGGUUUAUAGCUCAGGACAUUGGGUUCCAAAACACGGCAGGCCCAGAAAAGCACCAGGCAGUUUCUCUCCGUGUAGGCGCGGAUCAAUCUGUCAUCAACCGUUGUAAAAUUGACGCAUUUCAAGACACUCUUCUCAGAACUUCAUCUCUCCAAAACUCACUCUCUAACUGCUUCUCUACACAAAAUCAUUUUCAUCAACAAGUCCGAAUCGGCUUCUCAACAACGAUAAUCAACAUCACGCAUACUUCAUCAAAACUGCAUCAUCAUCAUGUUCAAUGA